AUGCCCGCAUCGCCGCUUUAUCUUUGGAAAACUACUAGGAAGUCUGUCCCUAGCAAGCGUAUGGGCAGUCCCGUGGGAGUGGUACAAACUCUCAAGUCCAAGGCAACAAGCAGAAAGGCGCCGGUCCGCGUAGGUUCCGAUGAGGAGGAUGUGAUCGUUGUGCAGUACGACAGCGAUAAAUCUCAGCCCGAUUCCUCAGUGCGUAAGGUGGGUGGAAGUCGAAAGAAUGGUGUGAAGCCGAAAAAACGCGACAUGAAGGGCAAGAGCCGCAAGAUCGUCAAGUCUGAAGAUGAUAAGAGUGACGUCGAGCUCAAAAUUUCAAAAUCCACGUCUCGUGUUGCCGGCGACAAACAAAAACCGUAUGCUAUGAACGGAGACGAUGAUUCGAAUGAGGACGAGUUCCCUUCUAUAUCCGAGUUGGCAGCGUCUACUAUAAAGGAUAGGAAUCCUGCCGUUACAAGCGUGCCCAAAAAGAUUAUGAUCAAGGGCACGAAGCGCAAAACUGACCUCGAUGAUAUCUCCGGUGAUGAACGUGACAGCGAUAUCCAAGAAGUCGAUGUAAAGGCUUCAGUAAAUAAGUCCGCUAAGCGUGCUAAGACCAACCUUGCGGUUGGCAAACACGUCGAGAUUAGGAAGAAAGGAGUUGGCGCUGAACCGAAGGAAUAUGAUGAAGGAGAAGUCAAAUCUGAUGAGGGAAGUGAUGACGAAGUUUGCGUUCCAGUAGUGAAAGGGUAUGGCAGCGAUGAUGAAAACAGCCGUGAGCGCGAAGAAGUCAAAGACGAAGCGAUGGAGCUUCCGGUUGUUCGGUCGCCAGACACCUACCACGCGAGAGCCACCUGA